CGCGCCGGUUCGGCGGGGCCCGGGGCCGAGCGCUCCCCGUGAGCGGCGGGGCCGGGCCGGGACCCCCGGGCGGGACCCCCGGGCCGGGAUCCCCGGGCGGGCCAUGGCGGGGAGCGGCGGAGCCGGGGCGGCCCCGCGGGAGCACCGCCUGCAGCCCGGGGACACGCUGCAGGGGCUGGCGCUGCGCUACGGGGUGACGAUGGAGCAGAUCCAGCGCUCCAACCGCCUCUACUCCUCGGACACCAUCUUCCUGAGAGCCACGCUGCUCAUCCCGGGACACCGCGACACCCCCGGGGACACCGCCGGGGACACCGCCGGGGACACCGCCGGGGACACCGCCGGGGACACCCCCGGGGACACCCCCGGGGACACCCCCGGGGACGGUCCCGGCCCCUCCCGCCGCGACCUCUCGGCCUCGGAUUUCCUGCGGCGCUUGGACGCCGAGAUCGGGCGCUGCAAGGAGGCGGCGGCGCAGCGGCUGCAGGGCCCGAGCUGCAGCCCCGGGCCCGCCGCGGGUGGCCCCGGCCCCGCGUCCCCUCGGGGGGCCCGGCUGGGACCCCGGCCCCUCACCAGGACCCCGCGGGCAGCCGCGCUCAGGGACAGCGAGGACGAGAUCUUCACCUUGUGACACCGGGGACAGCGGGGACAUUGGGGACACCCUGGAUCAGAUCUUCACCUUGUGACCCCGGGGACAGCGGGGACAUUGGGGACACCCGGGAUCAGAUCUUCACCUUGUGACACCGGGGACAGCGGGGACAUUGGGGAUCAGAUCUUCACCUUGUGACACCGGGGUCACCCAGGAUGUGCCACUGCAGACACCUGGGAUGUGACCGGGGAGGUGCCACCAGAGGUGCCACCGCUCCUCGCUGCCGUGGACCCCGAGGGGACACGGGGACUCUGGGGAGGUGUCCCGGUGUCCCCUCCCUGUCCCCGUCUGGGGCCGCAGGGCCACUCCCGGGGCAGCUGGGAGCUCCUGGGGACAGGGACAGGGACGGUGACAGUGCCACCUCCCCGUGCCAGCUUGUAAAUAAACCGGAGCAUUGUCACCGGG